CUAAGCGCGGGAAAAAACUGGACCCAACGGCUUGGGCUGAACGGCAAUGGAUCCUUGCCCUCGCCUCGUCGCCCCGUCCGAAGCGCUGCGACCGUUCCAUUACUAGAAUUGAGAUCAGACCUCCCCUUUCCCUUUCGCCUUCUUUCUCACACCGUGGAACGCAGAGGAAGAAGAAGAAGAAGCCUCGACGCACUCGUUGCGCCUUCUUGGUGCAGACAGCUCACGCCGGGCUACCGCAUCAUUCAUUGUCCUCUGCAAUUCUAAAGUACAUUGCAUCGCGCAUCGACUGCCUCGUUUCGUCCUUCCUCGGCAACACAGGAACCUUACCCACAAGAACGUCUUUAUUUCCACUUCCCCGACCUCCGAGCCGAAGAUCACAAAGCAUGCCUUCCGCCCCGACUCUUGUCCCAGCCGCCCAGGACGGGGAUUCCCGUACGCUCGCCACAAAUGGCGCCCUGACGCCGAGCAAAGGAAACCCCGAGACGGGACUCGACGGCACCCUCACGCCUGCAGCCGUGCCAGGUUCCACUCAGCGCAACGGAGGCAGUCUCGGGCAAAACGUCGGCGCCGCCGAAUCCACGGGGGACAUCGCUGAGCACGAGGCCGACGACCUUUCUUCGCUCGGAGGGUACGAGCCUGACGGACCGUUGAAUACACUUACGAAGCUGCCACCGAAUGGAGCCGUGCGGGGGGCGUCCGUGUCCAGCGAGGCAAAAUCCAACGGUUUGUCACGGCCGGAUGGCGAGCUCAGGGACCGCUCGAGACCGAAAGCAAAGUCAUCACAAACUGUCCGAGAUACGUACCCGGAUCUCACGGACGAAGCGGGCAAGGAGGCGGCCGCCCGGGAGCGUGACCGAAUCAACGCCUAUAGAACAGGCGGCAUCCGCUUCGCGCCCUGGAAUAUACCCUACAGGCGGCGGCUGCAGACCAUGGCGGUCCUGCUCCACUGCCUCAGCAUCGCCGUGACUGUCUCCUGCUUCUUCUCCCUCUGCGCCAUCCCCCUCACGUGGCCAAUCCUGAUUCCCUACCUCCUGCACAUGCUUCUUUCCAAAACGGCCACCGACGGCCGCCUGCGCGCGCGCUCUGAGCGCUUCCGGCGGCUCAGGAUGUGGAAAUUCUUUGCCGACUACUUCCCCGCGGCGCUCCACAAGACGCACGACCUGCCGCCGACGCGCAAGUACAUAUUCGGCUACCACCCGCACGGCAUCAUCUCGCACGGGGCAUUCGCGGCCUUUGCUACCGAGGCGCUUGGGUUCUCGGAGAAGUUCCCGGGCAUCACCAACAGCCUCCUUACGCUCGACUCCAACUUCCGCAUCCCGCUGUACCGCGACUACAUCCUGGCGCUGGGCCUCCAAUCCGUGUCCAAGGAAUCCAUCACGUCGAUCCUGACGACUGGCGGGCUGGAUGGCGACGGCAUGGGCCGGGCCGUGACUAUUGUCGUCGGAGGCGCGCGCGAAUCGCUCGAGGCGCACCCGGGCACGAUGCGCCUGGUGCUCGCGCAGCGGAAGGGGUUCGUCAAGAUGGCGAUGCGCACAGGGGCCGACCUGGUACCCGUGCUCGCGUUUGGCGAGAACGACCUGUACGACCAGCUCAGCGCCCGGCAGCACCCGUCGCUGCACCGCCUGCAGAUGUGGGUACUGCGUACGCUCAAGUUUACGCUCCCCUUCUUGCACGGCAGGGGCAUCUUCAACUACGACGUCGGCCUGAUGCCGUACCGACGGCCGCUGAAUAUCGUCGUGGGCAGGCCGAUUCCCGUGCGGAAGAUUGGCGCCGGCGAGAAGAUCGAGGCCCGCGAGGUGGAGAGGCUGCAUGCCGAGUAUGUGGCAGAGUUAGAGGCCAUGUGGAACAGGUACAAGGACACUUUUUGUCCUUCUGCGACAAGGGGAGGAAGGGAGGCCAGGUUGAAGAUUGUGGACUGAACAUGGUCUUCGUCCUCGAGUUCCUGUGCUGCCAGUCGGCUGCGCUGGGUCUUUUGGCAGGGGAUGUUGUGUGUAAUCGACCAUUCAUCGUCCUCAAACACGGUCCUAAAGCCAUCGCACAAUGUUUUAAUUUCAAGGGGCUCAAAGAAGAUUUUAGGUGUCGGAGUAUUGUAGGCAUAGACUUAGCUAGGCGCCAAGGUUAGAUUCUUGUACGUUUUUCGAGAGGAUAUGAACCUACUCAAGGAGCUAAUUAGGGAUGACCUCGC